AUGUCGAAAACUGUUCUAAUUCUCGGCGCUUCUUAUGUCGGUCUAACGAUCGCGCAUAAGCUUUUGAAAACGACUCUAUCGGCGGUUCCUGAACUCAAGAUAGUUUUAGUCUCGCCAACUACACAUCUAUAUUGGAAUAUGGCUUCAGUCCGAGCAAUUGUCCCAGGGCAAUUUGGCGAUGAAAAGAUGUUCGCAGAGAUUGCACCUGGCUUUUCCAAAUAUCCAAGCGAAUCCUUCGAGUUCCUCUUAGGCACGGCUACGAGUAUGGAUCCAGUCGCUAAAACAGUCACAAUAAGGACUACUGCGGGUCCGGAUUCGGUUCAAUCAUACGAUUCGUUGGUUAUUGCUACCGGUAGUCACACCAUAGGCGAAGUACCGUGGAAAGGAGCGCCUUCUGGAUAUGAACAGACUAAAGAACUACUUCACAAAUUUCGCGAGAAGGUGGCCAACGCAAAAACUAUUGUAGUGGGAGGUGCAGGACCUACGGGUGUGGAGACUGUCGGAGAGUUAGGAUUCGCAUUUGGAACAACCAAGGACAUCAUAUUAAUAACAUCAAGCGAUGAAAUUCUCAAAGGCGCGGUCACCAGCCCCAUAGCCUCAGGAGCACAGAAAGAACUAGAAAAAAUGAACGUCAACGUGAGGCUCCGAACGAGGAUCAACUCGACGAAAGUCCUCCCCACGAGUCAAACCGAACUCUCCCUAUCCAAUGGCGAGAAACUCAUUUGUGAUCUGUACCUCCCCACGCUGGGCACAAUCCCCAACAGCGAAUACAUCCCUAAGGACCUCCUCGACGGACAAAACUUCGUCAAAGUAGAUCAACAUCUUCGUGUCCACGGCGCAGAAGAUGUCUGGGCCGCAGGCGACAUUAUCGAUGCCCAACCAAGUCAAUUCGUCUACGCCGAUAAACAAGCCCACGCCCUCGCCAAAAAUCUCGAUCUCGUGCUGAGAUCGAAGAAUCCGGUCGUGUAUAAAACUGAUGGCGCCCCCAUGAUUGCCGUUGCGCUCGGUCGAAGCAAAGCUACGGGCCGCUCGGGAAAUUUCAAAUUGCCGAGUUUGAUUGUGUGGUUUGUUAAGGGACGCACGCUAGGCACGCAAAAUCUCCUCCCAUAUGUGAACGGCACCAAGUUUUGA